AUGGCCAACCUCACUAUAGUGACAGGAUUCCUCCUCAUGGGCUUUUCCACAUCUUGGGAGCUGCAGGUCUUACAUGCCAUCCUCUUCUUGCUGAUCUACCUGAUGUCUCUGAUGGGGAACUUGAUCAUCUUCACCCUCAUCUCUCUAGAUGAACACCUCCACUCUCCCAUGUACUUUUUUCUGAAGAAUCUGUCCUUUUUAGAUCUUUGCUUUAUUUCUACCACACUCCCUAAAUCUAUCACAAACUCCCUGACCAAUAGUCGUUCUAUCUCCUUUGUAGGGUGUGUUUUACAGUUCUUUUUAGUCAUUUUAUUUGCAGCAUCUGAGCUCUUUCUCCUUACAGUGAUGUCCUAUGACCGCUAUGUGGCCAUCUGUCAGCCUCUGCACUAUGAAGUCAUCAUGACCAGGGGAAUUUGUGUGAGGAUGGCAGCUGUUUCCUGGCUCUUUGGAAUUUUGUUUGGAACUCUGUACUCAGCUAGUACAUUCACUUUGCCUUUCUGUAAUUCCAAGGAGGUCCAUCAGUUUUUUUGUGACGUCCCUUCAUUACUUAGGCUCUCCUGCUCUCAUGUACAUAUUGGCGUAGAUGUGACUUUGGCUAUUGGUGUUGCUAUUGGGAUUCUCUGUUUUAUUUCCAUAACUAUCUCUUAUGGUCCCAUCUUCUCAACAGUACUGAAGAUUCCAACUACAGAGGGUCGGUCAAAAGCCUUCUCCACUUGCAUCCCCCACCUCAUUGUUCUCACGGUCUUUAUCACAACCUCAGUCAUAGUUUAUCUAAAGCCAUCUCAGCAAUCUGACUCAAUUCUAGAUCUAUUGUUGUCUAUAUUCUAUGCUGUAGUUCCCCCAACCCUGAACCCUGUCAUCUAUAGCCUAAGAAACAAGGACAUGAAGACUUCUCUGAGAAAGCUAAUAGCUCGAAAACAUAUCUCAUAG